AUGGCUGUACCGUCUCCUUCGGCAUCUAGGGUGGGCACAGGUAUCGGGAUUGGUUUGACUAGAUCACCAGCUGGCAAUUACCUCUCUUCAACCACAAAUGGUAACAACAACAAUUUUAGCAAGUUGGGAUCAUCAUCCUCUUCCUCAAAUGACAAUCUGAGCUCAGGAUCAACAGGGGAAAGAGGAUUGAAUCAAGGUGAUUAUAUGGUUAGAUCAUCAAGUGGAUUAUCGUCAAUAUCGUCAACGUCAAUACCUGUACAUCCUGGAAUCGGGAGAAGGAGAUCAACAGACGCAUCUACUUCUGGUGGAUUGGAUUACUACUGGUCAUCAUUAGCAGGUGCAGGUGCAUCAUCCUCAUCUUCUUCUCUCGCCGGUGCUAGUGCAGGGAAUGGAAUUUCAAGUUCACACAGUUCAAGAUCGAACAUGCUGAUGGGUAUAUCGCCUGUUACUUCACAUUUCGAGAAAGAUAGUAGAAACGUUGGUGAUCUAAGGAAUGAAGAGUUUCUAAGUAAUUCAAAAGGAACGGGAAUGAGUUUUUCCCCUAGUUCAUCAGAAAGUUUAGGUAUACAUAGACAUAUUAGAGAAGCUAAAAGUACUGGUAACUUACGUUCAAACCACUCUCAAGAUCAUUAUCAAAAUCAUCAUCAAAAUCAAAUUGAUUUCUCAUACAAAAUAAACUCGAAUCCUAUGAAUGAACAUGGACGUGGGCAUGAUCAAAAAACACCUCGUCAACCUGAUUUUCAUGAUCCAUCCGAUCCUCACCCUUAUUCCCAAUCCCAUUCUCAAAACCAUCAUGGUAUAUCACAACCAAUACCAAAACCACUUACAACGCAGAGUCUUGAUAUACCAGUACCGCCACCAAAAUCAUCACAGCAAGUUGAUUUAUCUCCUGGAGGAUACUCGGUAACUUCAGUAUACUCAAAUACCGAUUCUCUUCCACCCAACAAUGCCAUCAAUCCUUCUUCUUCUUCUUCUGCUUCUUAUCUCGGACUUGGACACCAAUCAGCUCAAAAUGCAAUUGGAGACGAAUCAGAGAAUGAAACUAAAUCAAUUUCUAGUUCAAGUAACUAUUCACCCAUGGAUUUUAGGAUUCCAGGUAAAUUCGAUUUUGAAUUAGAUGAGAAUAGUCUUUCUCGUUUUCAAGAUCAAAGCCCAAUAGGGAAUAUAGAAGAGAAAAGAGGUUUAAUGGAUCCUUCCUUGCUGUCUGAAACUAGUCAACAUGUACGACAAUUACAAUCACCUCAGGAUCAAGCUGUGCAACAAGAGGAAAAUCGUGGACGAGAAGGAGAUGCAAGAUCCAGUGUCCAAUCAACAUCAACUUAUCGUCAUCAAUCCAACUUGACACCUUCACAAGAUGAUGAAGAUACUUAUCAUAAAACUCCCUUGGCUCCUGUACAGAAAGAAAGAUCCCAAAUACGUCCACCUCAAUUAUCUCUGAAUCAAGAGUUUCAUACAAUCCCGCUAUCGUUCUCGCAGUCAAACACAAACACAAAUUCGCGUCAUGCAUCGCCGACUAAUUCAGCUGGAAGUACAUCGACACCUAAGAGAUCACCAAAUCCCAAAUCUUCAAGUUCGGGGAAUCAUUAUACAUCCAAUUCAUCUGCUAGAUCAGGUUUAGGAUUUGAUAUGCCUCAUAUCGGUUCUGGAUCUGGAUACGGAUCUGUAUCUAGGUCAAGUUCAGUAUCACCUUCUGAUCAAUCGUCGUCUUAUAGUCAAGACAACGAUUCCAACCCCGCUCCUCCAAGAAGUGCGCCUGCAGAGAAGAAUGGUUUUGAUGAAUUUGGGACACGUAAUGAAGAGACAGGAACUCAAGAGGAUGAAGAAGAAACAAUUAAGAGUAGAAAUAAAAGAACGACGCUACCUGCUAUCGCAUCAAAAUCAAGUGGUGCAAUCGUAGAAGCUCUACUGUCGCCAAGUAAAGAAAAUCUACUAUCACCCGAUAAAUACGCUAGGAACAGUACUUCAACACCUACGAAGGAUCUCAACGGAAGUGUUGAAAGAAGGGGAUCGACGCCAAGUCCUAAUAGGAGUCCUGAACCGCCACCCAGAAGUGUCUUGAGACAGUUACCUAAUGCUACAAAUAUCGAUACCUUUAUGUCCAAGCCACCCUCUCAAAGGUCAUCAUCGCCUCAAUCAAUCAGUCACAACCUCCCAGUCAUAACCCAUACACCACAUUCACCAAUGCCCUCGCCCGAUAGAUCCAAAGCGCAGCAAGAUCGUGGCAAUAUAGACAAACCUCAACCUAAACGACCUGAUAGAUCCCCAGAUAGACAAUAUUCACCGGUCUUCCCAUCUUCAGCUACAAUAAACGAUCUGACGGAUAUACUAGGUGGUGCAAUCGAUGCUAUAGGAUUGAUAGAUUCAAGGGAUACGCCGCCACCUACAAUUGGUGAACCCAGUAGAAGAGAAAAACCUACAAUGUUGAAAUUAGCUCCUGCGGCAGAAGUGGCUGAUAGAGGUCCAAUGACUCCUACUUCUUUGCCACAAAGAGGUACAUCGUUACCUGGACCAACAAUGUCUUCGACCUCCUUGAACACAAUUAUGCAUCCUCAAGCUCAAACGGGACCUCCGUUGUAUCAACCUCAAGGUAUCUCUUCCUCAAAUCAACCUCUGGUACAUGGAAGGAGAUCCACACAACCUGAAUUGAGAUCGAAAGCAUCUUCGAUAUUUUCUUUCUCAUCCAAAGAGCAAAUUCAGUCUCCAACUCUGUCAAUUUCAGUCAGACCUUGGCCAGCUGCAAUGCUGUACGGAAACAUAAAGUCUUUAAAACAUGCUGGGGAUAGAGCUAAAGGGUAUGCCAAAGCUAUCAACGAAUUAUCGAGGAGUGAAUCGGGUCUGAAGGAGUGGUGUAUUGCCAGUGUCUCACAAGUCAAUCGAGCGCCUACAAAAACAUCAGCAUUUUCUUCAUUAGGUGUUCGAGCCAAUUCUGUGCCAUCUGCAAUCCCACUUCCAUAUCAAUUAUCGACAUUUGAUCCUACACCUCACAACAGGAAUGUUUCUGCCGGUUCUGAAUUCCCAAUGAGAGCAGACUCCUACGCUGCACGAGAGAUCUCGCAAAGAGUUCUAGAUCCCGAAGAUCAACCUACCUCACUACCACCUAACUUGCCUUAUCCGCAACUCCAAGCAAACUAUCUCUCCUCAAAUACGGGAAUCAGUAGUGGUGGUGGUGGCGGGUUCAGUGGCGGCGGAUUAAAACCUUCUCAAUCAAUGCAGAGUGUUGCAAGCUUUGCUACAACUUCCUCCAAGAAAGGAUUUUUCAGUGCAAUAGGUAGAAAAGGCGCUCACAAAAAGGAUUCUUUAUCUCUUGGUCCGCCGGGUCCAGGUGGUUUCGCAUCAGCGACUAAUGGAUCUUCAUCAUCGUCUUCUUCGGUGGGUAAGAAAGAUGUGAGAGGAUUACCUAUUUCAGGACCUAGUCCGAAUGCCAUCCCUCUGGACACUGGCAUCGCAUCAGCAUCGGGAGGAUCGGGUGGAGCAUUACAAGCGCCAAGAGUACAAAAUUCUAUUUCUGCACCAAUGGGACCAAGAAAUCCAAGAAUGGGUUCUUUCACCCCGCCUCCACCAUCAAGUCUAAGCUCGAUGGAUAGAUCUUCAAAUGAACUCGUACAAGCUGGAAGAGCAAGUUUAGAUACUGGAUUAAGAAACAGAUCGACACCUGCAUCAUUAUCGCUGAACAAUUCGAGAGGUAGUUUGGACAUUCAAUUUUCUACCAAUAAUACAGGUUCAGGCAACGUACCUUUACCUUCAUCCAAAGGAUUCAGUAAUAGUCCUAUUCCAAAAGAAGGAGAUGUGAAGCAAAUGAUUGAUAUUCUGCCCCACGUUGAAAGAAGUGUCAUAAGGACUUAUUUAGGUAAAUAUGGCGAUUCCAUGAACGCCAUUGGUGCUUAUUUGGAAGACGAAAAGAAUGGGACCGUUAUAAGAUGA